AAAGAAGAGGGGCACAGCACGUAGAAAAUGAAAAGACACAGUCAUUUUAAGGCUGCAGGCAUGCAGUAACAGAGUCCAAAGCUGCCGGAUGGAUUAUUUAGAAGGUGUGUUCCAUUUGAGGUCCAUGGAGAACAGAUGUUUGUGACCAGUACCAACCAUGCGACCGGACAGCCUUUACCGCGCCUGACUUUGCUGUGUGCAAACCUUCGUCAUGGUCGUGCUGUGGAACAUUGAUGUUUUCCUCGUCUUUUUCUUGACAUCAUCACUUCAUGUAGAAGCUUUAACUGGUAAAAAUGCCAGAAACACAUCCCAGACAGGAACGACGGUGUCAUCUCUCAAUCCAGCCUCACACAGACCUCAUGGAUCGAGAUUAACUCCAGAUGAUCCCGAGUAUGGACCUGAGGUUGUUGCUUUGAGAUGGCCCUCAUCGCCUGAGGAUAUUGACCGACAGGGUGUUAUUGGUGAAUACACAGAAUCGGACGAGACCUCUGAGACUUCUCUGGAAAAUCAUUAUGAGGGAAGACUCAUAUUUAGACCAACUGAAAGUACAGCGAACAAUGUGACGCCCAGGGAGAGGAUAGAAACAGUAGUGUUGUCCCCAGAGAAAGCUGCACAAAAACCUACACCGGAGCAAAAACUGAAUUUUUGGUCGAGAAAGAAAGCGAGCGGAUCCAUUUCCUAUCCAACACAAGCCAGUCAGAAUGAAAUAUCCGUGACGACGCGGCAAUAUGGCACGACCGAUAGCCAUUUGUCUUUUUCUCCAUCAAGGAUAAGAGAGACAACCGAGAUGAAGGUGAAAUCAACGGUAGUUUCUCAGACAAACCGUGGGUCACCUAGUCCACCAGUAUGGAUCACAAGGGUUUCUGUCUCUAGAGAGGGAGGACACAAUGGACUGAUAGAUGGGUCAGAACAAACCUUACAUAGAGAUGUUGUCAGCACAAAGUCAACAUCAGAUGACUCCUGGAAUAACACUCUACCUGCUUCGCUAGCCACACCCACAGCUUUUAUGGACAAUAACAACAGAACAUCAGUCACUCCCUGCAAAACAACUAAUCAAUCUUGGACUCCCCCUUAUCAAGAAGAUUCAAUCCAGUCUCUGCACCCCUUCCUGGCUCUGGGCCCUCCCUUGGUCCCUCUGUACUCGGACUGGAACUCCGCCUUUGCUACAUGGGGAUUUGCCUGGGAAGCACAUAUCUAUGGUGUGGGGUCGAUCUUCAUUCUGUUUUGUCUAAUCUCUGUGAUCUCGCUGUUAGGCUUGCCCUUCCGGUGCCCCCCAGGAAGCUUGUACAUAGCUAUGCUGCACUUCUUCCUUAUGGCAUGUGCAGGGAUUCAAGCUUUCUCCUUGCUCUAUGAUGCUUACAGCUCUCAGGACCGUCUUCCCCCUGUGGUUGCUCUGCUGCUCUCCGAACUCCCAUUACCUUGCUUGAUAUCGGCCUUCUCUUUUGCGUUCCUUUUUCUUUCAUCCCACUCUCGUAAGCAUCUUUCCCUGCCACUUGCUGUGUCCUCCCCAUUCUCGAUCUUGCCCAAACCUUGCAUUCUCCUUUGCGUGUCGUUUUUUAGCUUCAUAGUCUCUCUGGGGUGUGUUGGUCUCCUUCAGCUCUUCCAUUCUCUACCACCUGUGCUCCUGUUGAUCCCUCAUGCUGUGUUUGUUUGCCUCAGCGUCUUUCUCUCGCUUUCUUACCUCCUCCAUUGCUGCCUUACAAAAAUAAAUACCAAACAUAUUUACAGGCUGAAUGACAAUGUAGAAGGGGGAGGAUCUCCUGAACUGAUUCGGUCUGUAAAUGUAACCUUUUCUAGAUUAGAGAACUGGAAAAGAGCAACUGGAGCUGGAAUAGGAACUUCUAUGUGCUUAUUAGGAUGUGGAGGCCUUCAGCUUUAUGGGAUACUGCACGCUUUUGGUGUCGGUGGGGUUAAAGGUUAUGGCUUCCUACCCUGGCCCUGGUGGGGCUACCAUUUGGGAUGUAGACUUUGUGAGUCUGGGGUGUGUCUUGGUUUGUCUAUUAUUGGUACACACUCUCUUUUCUGUCACAAGUCCUCAACCAAGACUUUGACCAGUUCCCGACCUGGGUCUUGGUCUCGCCUAUCCUGCAACUCGCCUCUACGGGAGCAGACCAUGUCCACCCAGGAUGGAGUAAAUUCUCCUGUCGUCUCCUCUCAUAAAUCUUGGUCCAAAGGGAAGCAGGACAAACUUGUGAUCUGUGAUGUAGCCACAAAGAAGAAGACAGAGGUACUUCCACUUUCUUCAGAAGUUCAUGCUCCUGCAAAUGGAGUUAAUGGUUUACACCAAGGCCAAGGAAAGCUACCUCUACCCAAAGCUCCAAGCCCACCACUAAGAACCAAAAGCCCUAUGGAGACUCAACUGGACAGCUUAAGUGUGGAGACCGAUUCUACUAAAGACUUUCGUCCCCCAUCUCCCAUAGAUUUGUCCCGCAGUAUUGACCAAGCUCUUUUCAGUGAGUCUUUAUUUUCUCACAGUAUUUUUGGUCCACAGAGGCUGUUCCAAUCCUCUUCAAGUGUUUCUUUGAGCUCUCCUGGUCAAGGUACAUUAAAUUUAGGGCUUAGCUCUGUGGGACAUACAUUUUAUCGAACUUCAUCCUGUGGAGAUGUUGACCAUCCUCAAGGAGAUUUGACAUCUCACAACAAUCUCCCAGUUUCUCCAGAAAAAUGUAACUGGAAAGGCAGUGAUACUGGUUCAACCCAAGGGUUGUGCAGCUAUCCCAAGGAAAGUGGAAAGUUCUGUACUCAUUCCUGGGCAAACAGGGGGCAAAACUUUGCCCAAUGCAGUCUCCAAAGGGGAAUCCCUCACUUGUCUUACCGCCGGCAUUACAGAACCCUGAGUCUGGCCUCCCAAGACGGUAAAGGUGGCGGGAAGUUGGCGGGGACUAAACACCUCAGUGAAAGCCGACAGCUGGAAUGGGAUAUGGCUGUACAAGCAGAGUUUGUCAAUGUGUGCAGACAAAUCGACGCUCUCAGUGUUUGCAGUGAUACUAUUGAAUUAUAGAGUUCUAAAAAAUAUAUUGUGCUGUUCUGCAGCUAACAUUCGUCUCACUAAUUUAAAGAGAAAAAAAUAUUUAGUAGUUAAUGUGUUAAUGCACUUCUCAUGUUUUUUGUAGAUACUGCUCAUACUUUUAAAUAUUGAUGUUUAUUGUGUUUAUAUCCUGCUUUUAUCCACUCUUUUCUUACUCAUUCAUAUAAUGCCUGACUCUAGCCUGUGCAGCAAAUUUACUGAGUAUAGUAUGGGUUUACGGUCCUUUUCAAGACUUUUAACAUUGACUCCAUUAAACUAAAUCAUUUUUAAUGCAGUGUUAUAUUGUUUAUAAUAUAUCAAAAUAAUUACCUGUUAAAAGAAUUGAGUUCUGUCUAUCACCUUAAAAAAGAGACAGCAGGUGUGAAAAAGGGAUGACGAGGUGGACGAAUAAGUCACUGUCUGAAGAUAUAACGUUUUGACAAUGAAAAAGCAAAGAAUUUACAACUGCUAGAUAUAAAAAGAGUGUUUUAUUAAAAGCUUUGUUUAAAUCUG